AUGCGGCCAUGGACUGGUUCCUGGCGUUGGAUUAUGCUCAUCCUCUUUGCUUGGGGAACUUUACUCUUUUAUAUUGGUGGACACCUGGUACGAGACAGUGAACAUCCAGAUCACUCUAGUCGGGAAUUAUCUAAGAUACUUGCUAAACUUGAACGUUUAAAGCAACAAAAUGAAGACUUAAGGCGGAUGGCAGAAUCUCUCAGGAUACCAGAUGGUCCCAUUGAUCAGGGACCAGCUGCAGGAAAGGUACAUGCUUUAGAGGAGCAACUUUUAAAGGCCAAAGAGCAGAUAGAAAACUAUAAGAAGCGGACGGGAGAUGGAGGCCUUGGAAAAGACCAUGAAAUAUUGAGGAGGAGGAUUGAAAAUGGGGCUAAGGAACUUUGGUUUUUCCUCCAGAGUGAAUUGAAGAAGUUAAAAAAUCUAGAAGGAAGUGAACUGCAAAGACGCAUUGAUGAAUUUCUGUCUGAUUUGGGUCAUCAGGAAAGGUCAAUAAUGACCGACUUGUACUACCUCAGUCAAACAGAUGGAGCAGGAGAUUGGCGGGAAAAAGAGGCCAAAGAUCUAACAGAUUUGGUACAGAGGAGAAUAACUUACCUACAGAACCCGAAGGAUUGCAGCAAAGCUAAGAAACUUGUGUGUAAUAUCAACAAGGGCUGUGGCUAUGGUUGUCAACUUCAUCAUGUAGUCUACUGCUUCAUGAUCGCUUAUGGCACUCAGCGAACACUCAUUCUAGAGUCUCAGAAUUGGCGCUAUGCUACUGGAGGCUGGGAGACUGUAUUUAGGCCUGUAAGCGAGACAUGUACUGACAGAUCAGGUACCACCACUGGACACUGGUCAGGUGAGGCUAAUGAUAAGGAUGUUCAGGUGGUGGAACUUCCCAUUGUUGACAGCUUACACCCACGGCCACCUUAUUUACCGUUGGCGAUUCCCGAAGACCUGGCUGACAGGCUGAUUCGUGUACAUGGGGACCCUGCAGUGUGGUGGGUCUCGCAGUUUGUGAAAUACUUGAUUCGUCCGCAGCCUUGGUUAGAGAAAGAAAUAGAGGAAGCCACAAGGAAACUUGGUUUCAAACAUCCAGUGAUUGGUGUUCAUGUGAGAAGGACAGACAAAGUAGGAACAGAAGCAGCAUUUCAUCCCAUUGUUUUAGAGCGGUUUGAACUUCUUGCUCGCAGAAUGCAUGUUGAUAAAAAAAGAGUUUAUUUGGCUACAGAUGACCCUUCAUUGUUGCAAGAGGCAAAAUCCAAGUAUCCAAAUUACGAAUUUAUCAGUGAUAACUCCAUAUCCUGGUCAGCAGGACUUCAUAACCGAUACACUGAAAAUUCCCUAAGAGGUGUUAUUCUGGAUAUUCACUUUUUGUCUCAGGCAGACUUCCUUGUCUGUACAUUUUCAUCCCAGGUUUGUCGAGUUGCCUAUGAAAUUAUGCAGACAUUGCAUCCAGAUGCUUCAGCAUAUUUCCAUUCUUUGGAUGAUAUCUACUACUUUGGGGGACAGAAUGCCCACAACCAGAUUGCUAUUUAUGCUCAUCAUCCACGAACUGCUGAUGAAAUUCCUAUGGAACCUGGAGAUAUAAUUGGAGUAGCUGGAAACCACUGGGAUGGUUAUUCAAAAGGCAUCAAUCGGAAAUUAGGAAGAACAGGCUUGUACCCAUCUUAUAAAGUUAAGGAGAAAAUUGAGACGGUCAAGUAUCCUACAUACCCAGAGGCUGACAAGUAGAUUAAAAGGAAGACAUUCGACAGUAAUUCUCAAUUUUGAUGGGUGCAAACCAGUCAACACACUUAACUAAUGGUUUAUAUGGGAUUUGAAUUUGCAUUUUAACAUUCAGUUAAAAUCAAAGCCUUUAGCAAUGAAACUGGAUGAGAAGCUGAGAAAUGGAUGGGCUAUUAUCUGAACUUAAACAUUUUUUGUUAUAUGCACUCUCACACAUGCACACACAAAACCACAUGCAACAGGAAAACUGUUGUUUUAUACUUUUGGUCUCUUUUCAGGAUUUGUCCCAGUCAUUAGUCUUAUGUGAGCUUUGGGCUCUUUCUUUGCCAUUAAUUGACAAUAAUGUUCAGACUUAUAGCACUGCCACGUUGUGUAAUUUGAGUGACAUGAACAUAUUUUGUAUGUGCAAAAUUUAAAACAUGGUGCCUAUAUUUGAAAAAAUUUGUGACCUUUCUAGAAGAGCCAUGCCUAUUUCACAAUGGGCAAGAGUCAAUCUUCAACUGGUGUUACCGUGACCACUGAACUUGCUUCAAACAACAGAUUCAGAUUUCAGACUAGACUUCUUUUCAAACUUAUUUUUAGCAUUCCAUUGAUUACUUCUCAUCAUUAAUAAAAUAAAGGAUACAUGCAACAA